AUGACACCAGGCCCAACAAGAAACAGCACGAACGGCGCCGACAGACACAACCUCCUCCGCUUCUUCAGACAACUCGGCGGCGCGGUCAUCAUCAUCCUCGCUGAUCUCCGUCUCUCCCGACCCCCUGUUCAUCAUCUUUACCUCGCCUCCUCGCUUUUGUUUCUUCAUCCGUCAUGCUCAGCUCUCCUCUGCGAUCGGUUUUGUCUUCCAUAUGGAUUGAGGGAUAUGCUAGUGAAGAAGAACGCUAGCUUGUUUCUUUGGGGACUGAAGAAAGAAAGCUACUGUGUGUUGAGUGAAGAUGGAUCCGAUUCUUUUUCCGAUGAUCUCCGCCGCGCCGGUAAUCCACCUUCAGGCUUUGAUGAUCGUGAAGAUGAUUCCGGCUUUGACGAUAGCGGUGACUCAGGCUUUGAAGAUGGUGAAGUUGAUUCAGGCUUUGAAGAUGGUGAAGUUGAUUCAGGCUUUGAUGAUGGCGGUGAUUCUUCUGGGAAAUUGAGAGGAUUGCUUUGGAAAAAAAGGCAUAGACCAUGGCAAGUUACAAUACGCCGGUUUGGUCAUGAAGAAGGUAAUGAAGAUGGAAGCAACAAGGUUGCAUUUCAAACACGACGAGGCCACACAAAAAGCGAUGAUGAGAAUCAAUAUAUGCACUUUUAA